AUCGGCCUUGAGCCCUGAGCAACAGGAUAGCCCGGGUCACGGGAAAACACCAAUCCGCCGAAAAAAUAACGCAGGGGCGAGUGAGAAAAAAAAAAGAGAACGGAUGCAUCCCGUGUCGACGCAACGCCUGGCGCCCGUCCCCAGCGCCAACGCCAGCGCCAACCACCAGCGCGCGCUUCUCCCGCCGUCUCCUCUGCAGCUUCGGCCACGGACCAGCACCAGGUCCUCGGCGUCCGCCAGAUCGGCGCCGCGCGCCGUCUCGCCCGCGACCCCAAUCACCGCAGCCACCAACGACCCGGACGCUGGCGCGCAGCCAGAUAAGUGGGCGGAGUUCGCGGCGCGGGUGUCCGGCGAGUGGGACGGCUUCGGCGCGGACUUCACGGUGGCCGGCGAGCCCGUGGAGCUGCCGGCCAACGUGGUCCCGGACGCGUACCGCGAGUGGGGGGUCCAGGUCUUCGACUGGCAGACGCAGUGCCCCACCCUGGCCGACCCCGCCGCGCCGGGCGCGCUCCACUACCGCCUCGUCCGCCUCCUCCCCACCGUCGGCUGCGAAGCCGACGCCGCCACCGUGCACACCUCCCACCAGCGCCACGUCUCCUCCGCCACCGCCUUCACCUACAGCGGCGGGGGCUCCUACGUGGCCACGUGGCCCAAGGGCCCCUCGGCCGUGCUGGAGGUGGAGCACUGCAUCUGCCACCCGGACAACGCGGAGGUGCGGGUCAGGCUGGUGCAGACGGUGGCGCUGGCCAAGGACGCGGCCCGGCUGCGCGGCGUCAAGGUGUUCUCCGAGCAGUGGUACGGCCCCUACCGCAACGGCGACCAGCUCGGCGGCUGCGCGCUCCGCGAGUCCGCCUUCGCCGCCGGUGAGAGGCUCGCCGCGUCGGAGGUGGCGGGGCAGUGGGAGAGCGCCGCCAGGUUUUCCGGCGCGCUGGACCCCGUGACGGGCAAGUUCGCGGGGCUGGAGCCGGAUCAGGAGCCGCGGAGGACAGCGAGGGACGGUGCCGGCGUGGUGACGCUGCUGCCGAAGCAGCUGUGGAGCUCGCUCAAGGUGAGCGGCGACGGCGAGGACGGCGAGGUGGUGUGCGAGGUCGGGUGGCUGCUGGGCCACGGCAGCGCGGUCACGUCGACGUGCGUCCUCUCUAGAGACGGAGACGUCAAGGAGAUAGCUGCGGCGCAGGAGACCCGGGUGUCGGAGGCCACCUGACCUGCGGCAGCCACUGCCAGGACCUCUUCAGGUUUCAUCACAUCUUUACAUAGAAAGUGAAGAAAAAUAUACUUACACAUCUAGAAUAGCCAUACUCAUACUGUAAAUCUGCCAUCUAGUACUGAACAAAUUGGUCUCUGCAAAAUCAUGAACUGGUGUGGUGUGCCAGCCCUUUGUUGCCCUGGCUUACCAACGACAGCCAGAGCUUCUGGGCCUGCUUGAUUA